AGUGAGGGGGAAAAAAUUAAAAAAAAAAAGUAUGCGCGCCCUGGUGAACGCCUUCAUGAGAUGCCUCUUCUUUCUCAUGCCUCCCUCUCGGCUUUGUGUCAGCUCUUGCUUGUGGGCUGGGAAUGAGUGCGAAGACACGCUGCUGCCGCCGCGGCCCAAUCCGAGAGCUCGUUUCAGGAGCACAAAGCUUCUUCUUACAUAUGAGGAAGUGGCCGCAGCAGCGGCGGCAGCGGCAGAAGCACAAGGAGGCUCCAGCCCGCCCUUCUCUCCAGGUCCAGGCUGCGUCUCGCUGGCUGCUAAAAGCCCCGCUGCUCCUCUGGGCCCUCCACCGGGUCGGAUUUGGAUCAGGGGUCUCUGGCGAGCCGUGGAGCGCGUCUUUGGAGCCCCCUGGGUCCUUCUCCGCCAUCGCUGGUGCCCGAAGCAGUGUCGAGCAGCUUUACGCACCCCGUAUCCUGCCUGCGCCUUCGAGGCAAAUCAGAUUCAAAUCUUCCAGGGAGGCGCUGCGGCUGCGGUUGCUGCUGCGGCCGAAGAAGAGAGGGGACCGGACAACAGCACCUUUACCUACUCGGGGACCAUGAGUGGGUCCGUGGGCAUCCCCUGUCCGAACCCGGCGUGCGCCUCGGACGUUGCGUCAGCGGACGGGGGUAUGGAUGAGGUAAUCACUGUGGAUCAGCACUCGCAGGAGAUGGGGACCGUGACGAUAACGGUGGCCAUUCAAGCAGCGGAGGACGAGGAACCGGAGGAACUGUCGUCCAGUUUUAUUGACUAUCUCGGAGGCAGCUGCAGCGAGGACGAAAUCGGAAGAUAUGACAAAUCCAGCGGAGCGGGGACUAGUGGAGGGGAGCUGGAGGAGGAGAGCUGGCAGCCUCCGGACGCGGAGCUCAUCCAGAAACUGGUGGCUCAGAUUGAGUACUACCUGUCGGACGAGAACCUGGAACACGAUGCCUUUCUCCUCAAACACGUGCGAAGAAACAAACUUGGGUUCGUCAGCGUCAAGUUGCUCACCUCGUUCAAAAAGGUGAAACACUUGACACGGGAUUGGAGAACAACUGCUUAUGCUCUGAGACACUCAAAGAUCCUCGAGCUUAAUGAUGAGGGCCGAAAGGUGCGACGAAAAUCAGCCGUUCCCGUCUUCGCCAGCGAGUCGUUGCCGAGCCGCAUGCUGCUGCUAAGUGAUUUGCAGAGGUGGCCAGAAUUGGCCGCCCUCACGAAGGAUAACGGAGGCGGCGAGGGAGUUGCGACUCAGCAGGAGCAGCUGAUGAAGCUGCUGCUGAAAGCUUUUGGAACGUACGGUACCAUCGCCUCUGUGAGAGUCCUGAAGCCUGGUAAGGACCUGCCCGCAGACCUGAAGAGGCUGAGUGGUCGAUAUUCCCAACUUGGCACUGAGGAAUGUGCCAUUGUGGAGUUCGAGGAAGUGGAGGCUGCUGUCAAGGCCAACGAAGCUGUGGGGAGCGACGACGGGGGAGCCAGUUUGUUAGGGUUGAAGGUGGUUCUGAUCGGCACUAAGCCACCGAAGAAGAAGGUCCCCAAGGAACGGCCACGUGCGGAAGGAGGGAUGCGAAAGAGUCGCUCGCUCAACAGCCGAAUCCGGGAGCUUCAGUACCACGGCGACGACUCGGCCUGCAGCUCCUCGGAGAAUGAGAGCAAUCCUACCUCCCCAAGGCUGGCCAGGAAGUCCCAGUCUUGCAACAAGCUCAGUCCCACCACUGCCGGCAUCAGCUUCCAGAACAAUCACCUGAGUCCUGGUAUGUCCCCUCGUAACAGUCCCUGGUCAAGUCCCCGUGGCAGCCCCUGCCCUCAGCGUAAGGCCCCUCAUUUCAAGUCUCCCUUGGCCAGUGAGGGGAGACUGAGCCCCGAGGCUGGGCGUCGCUGGGCAGACUACUCCUCAGACAGCAGCCUCACGCCUUCAGGGAGCCCGUGGGUGCAGCGGCGCAAGCAGGUGGCGUCUCAGGAGAGCAGUCCGGUCGGGAGUCCAAUGCUGGGCAGGAAGAUCCAGAACGCUGACGGCCUUCCACCGGGGGUGAUGAGGCUGCCCAGGGGGCCCGAUGGAACCCGAGGCUUUCACUGUGUCACUAUUGGUGAGAGAGGAAAGACUGCGGCUACUCAGACUUGAUCUGUGGAGCAACAUUAUGCAUUUCUUAUGCCCCAGGGAAAAAAAAAAUUGGGGGGUUAGAGCUGUUCUUGGCCCCACAGUAAAGUCUGUGUAGAUAAACUUUAGUUGAGUUCUAGUGGGUUCUCAGUUUUUGUUAUAUUUUUAUACGUUUUUCAGUUGCGCGGCAGCAUUAGUGAUUUACCAAGGGAAAUUGGAGUGAAUGUGAACUAAUAUUGUUUUGAUUGUUUUGAGAACUUUAUACCAUGAUCCAUUGCUGUCUAGACUUGUUCUACGUGGGGUAGAGCAGAGAAGGAUUUUUAAUUGACAUACGUCGUGUUGAAGCUCCGAACACUGUCUGUGGAUAAACGUAUUCAUGUGUGUACGUAGUGUAAGUGUCACAGGCGCUCGGGUUGGAUAGAGGUCUCACCAGAAGCCUUUUCUGUAUUUGUCUACUGUGACUUUCAUUUGUCUCAUUAAGCCCCGACCAUAAUGGUUCCGCUGUCACACAGAUCGACAGUUUGGACAGUUCAACUCGGAUAUGGUAAACGUUUGCUUUUAUUUGGCCUUUUUUUUAAUUUUUAAAUAAGUUUAAAAGGGCUCGAUUCUAGCUCUGUAACUGUUACGUUGUUGGGCAGGCAGCUGCUUUAUUUAUUUUUUUAGCUUUUAUUUUUCUUUGUGCAUAUGUUUCCGUCAGUGUAAGCUCACAGAGAGGUUUGAGGGAUGUUCAGGUCAGGCAGAACACACUCUCUUUAGUUCCUGCCUUCACAUCUGAGCUGGGGUAUUUGUACAGUGCAAGAUUCUUAUUGUACAAAUAAAUCACUGAAAUUGCUUUUG